AUGCUAAUAAACUUGGCCUCUUUUCUCGGGGUAAGGAGCCCUCUGCCCGCCGAGCCGAGCCGAACCGAGCCGAGCCGAGCCGGGCCGGCCCGCGCUGACCCCCGCUCCGCCCCGCAGGUGCCGCCCAGCCAGUGCUUCGUGUUCGACCCCGCGUUCUCCGAGCAGGAGCUGGCGCUGCUGGGGGAGCUGGGGCUGCGCCUGCUCCCCGAGAAUGAGGAGGGGAAGCACCGCGUCGGGGAGGCUGCCACGCUCUUCUACAUGAUCCACUGCGGGAAGGCGCUCUACAACAACCUGCUCUGGAGCAACUGGGCGCUGGGCGCGCUCUCCAGGGUGGUCAUCAUCGGCAACAGCUUCCGCGGCAUCGAGGAGAGGCUAUUGUCAAGAAUCCUGGAGAGAGAUUAUUCUUACAUAGCAAAGGUCUUAAAAGGGACAGAGGAAAUUGCGUUUCCAACUCACCCUCAGUACACAGACACAUUUAACGACACCUCCAUCCACUGGUUCCCCUUGCAAAAACUGAAGGAACUCUCCGGUGAGGUUUGGGAGUUCGUGCAGGAGCCUACGUACGAGGACUGCGAGGACCUGGAGAUCAUCAGGAGGGAGGAGGGCGGCAGCCCCCCGCGUCCCGCCGCGCCGCAGCCUUAG